AUGUGGAGGAAGAUGUUAAAGAUGAGAGACUUGGCUAAGAUGUUUUAUCGGAAAGAAGUGGGAAAUGGGAGGCAUAUCUCGUUUUGGUAUGAUAAAUGGUCGGCAAAGGGUGUAAUGAUUGAUUAUAUUGGGGAGAGAGGUAUUAUAGAUAUGGGUAUAAGUAGAGAUGCUACUGUGGAGGAUGCUGUUAUUAAUAUAAGGAGAAGGAGAAGGCAUCGUAUCACUGAGCUCAAUGCUGUAGAAGAAGCGUUGCUAGUACUGAAGGAUAAGCUGAGAACUAAUGUUGAGGACAUCUCUCUUUGGAAAAGAGACUCGGGUUUUAAAGGAAGAUUUUCAACAUAUGAAACUUGGAAGCUAGUAAGAGAGCCAACGACUCGUUGUGAAUGGGCGUUUGGCAUCUGGUUCUCGCAGGCUACUCCUAAAUUUGCAUUUAUAGCUUGGCUUUAA